AUGCCGAUGUUAAGGCACAACCACUAUCUCUUCUUGCUUCUAUCAAUUGUUGUUUUUGUUGUUGAUGCUUCAAACGAUGAAGCUGUUGUUUUGCUUUCAUGGCUUCACUCGUCCUCACCUACUUCACCACACUCUUCAUUUUCAAACUGGAACCCAUCCGAUCAAAAUCCUUGUAAUUGGUCUUACAUCACAUGUUCUCCACAAAAAUAUGUUACCAAGAUCGAUAUCCAGUCUAUCGAAUUAGCCCUUCCUUUUCCUUCUAAUCUCUCAUCGUUUAAAUCUCUCGACACUCUCAUCAUUUCCGGUGCUAACUUAACUGGAAAGAUCCCAGAUGAUAUCGGAGAAUGUAGUGCGCUUCAAGUGUUUGAUGUAAGUUCCAAUACUCUCGUGGGGAGUAUUCCGACAUCAAUCAGUAAGCUUGUGAAUGUUCAAGAUUUAAUAUUGAACUCCAAUCAACUCUCCGGAAUCAUCCCACCACAGAUUGGUAAUUGUACAAGGUUGAAGAAUCUUGUCUUGUUCGAUAAUUAUUUAACUGGGGAGCUUCCUGUUGAGCUUGGAAAUCUUUCAAUGUUGGAAGUUAUUAGGGCUGGAGGGAACAAAGACAUAUCUGGAAAGAUCCUUUACGAGUUGGGAAACUGUCGAAAUCUAAAAGUUUUGGGUCUUGCUGUCACUAAAAUAUCCGGGUCGAUUCCUAGUUCUUUGGGUAGUCUAAGCAAGCUUCAAACUUUAUCAGUUUACACAACACAACUUUCAGGUGAAAUCCCGAAGGAACUCGGCAACUGUUCUAACCUCAUCGAUCUAUAUCUAUAUGAAAAUGAUCUCACUGGUUCACUUCCAUCUGAAUUGGGGAAUCUUCACAACUUAGAGAAGCUUAUGUUAUGGCAAAACAAUCUUGUCGGAUCAAUACCUCCAGAAAUUGGAAACUGUAAGAGUUUAAAAACCAUCGAUCUCUCUUUAAACUUUUUCUCCGGUGUCAUUCCUUGGUCAUUUGGCAAUCUCAUCGAUCUUGAAGAACUGAUGCUGAGUAACAACAGUCUCUCAGGCUCCAUCCCACCUGUUCUUUCAAAUUGUACAAAUCUAAUACAAUUGCAGCUCGAUAGAAAUGCGUUUUCAGGAUCGAUUCCGAUGGAGCUCGGGAUGUUACCUGAGUUAUCUGUCUUCUUUGCUUGGCAGAAUAAACUUGAAGGGGACAUUCCAUCGACAAUGGCAGGUUUGAAGAGUCUCCAGUCUCUUGAUUUGUCUCAUAACUUUCUUACUGGUAGCUUACCAUCUGGUCUUUUUGAACUAAAAAACCUAACGAAGCUUCUCUUGAUUUCAAAUAGCAUCUCGGGUUCCAUCCCUUCUUCUAUAGGGAAUUGCAGCUCACUCAUUAGACUUAGGCUAGUAAAUAACAAAAUUACUGGACCUAUUCCUAAAGAGAUUGGGUUUCUUGAAGAUCUUGAUUUUCUCGACAUAUCUGAAAACUAUCUCACAGGAGUAAUCCCAGAUGAAAUCGGAAAUUGUACACAUCUUCAAAUGGUGAACCUAAACAAUAACACCCUUUCUGGUACUUUACCUAGCUCGCUAUCUUCUUUAAUGAACCUUCAAUCUUUAGACGUUUCAAGCAAUCAGUUUAUCGGUCAAAUUCCCGAGAGUUUUGGUCAACUUGCUUUCAUUAACAGACUUGCGAUUGGUAAGAACUCGUUAUCUGGAUCGAUUCCUACAACACUUGGCUUAUGUUCAAAUCUUCAGUUUCUUGAUCUUAGUGGCAAUAAACUCUCGGGUAACAUUCCGGUUGAGCUUUUCAGUUUAGUUUCAUUAGAUAUCGCAUUGAAUCUAAGUUGGAAUUUAUUAAACGGAACAAUCCCAGUUGAAAUAUCUUCAUUAAAUAAACUCUCAGCACUAGACCUUUCACAUAACAUGUUCACUGGAGAUUUAAUGGCGCUUUCCAGCCUUGUGAAUCUUGUUUCCUUGAAUGUCUCUUACAACAAUUUCACCGGUUUUCUACCUGACAGCAAGCUUUUCCGGCAGUUAUCCGUCCAAGAAUUGGCCGGAAACAAAGGGUUGUGUCCAUUGGGACGGAAUUCCUGUUUCCUCGGUCAAACCGGAACCGGAAUCGCUACUAGACGCAGUAUCCGCCAGUCAAAGAAACUGAAAGUCGCUAUAGCUUUGUUAGCUGUUGCAGCAGUGGCAUUGGUGAUUCUAGGGGUAAUAGCGGUUUACCGAGUCCCAAAAGUUAAGUCGCAAGAUAACGAUUCCGAAACCGGUAAUUGGAGUUCAUCAAAUUGGAAAUUCACACCGUUUCAGAAGCUUAGUUUUACAGUGGAUCAAAUAUUAAGAUGUCUGGUUGAAACUAAUGUGAUCGGAAAGGGGUGUUCCGGUGUAGUCUAUCGAGCAAGUCUUGACCAUGGUGAAGUGAUUGCAGUCAAGAAGCUCUGGCCCACAACAAUGGCAGCAGCAUACUGUGAAAACGACCGGACACCCUCGACUGGAAUCCGCGAUUCCUUUUCAACCGAGGUCAAAACCCUUGCUUAUAUAGCUGAUUUUGGGCUUGCAAAACUUGUUGAUGAUAGAGAUUUUGCUAGAUCUUCAAGCACUGUUGCUGGUUCUUUUGGUUACAUCGCGCCAGAGAUUGGGUACAUGAUGAAAGUAACAGAAAAGAGCGAUGUAUACAGCUUUGGUGUAGUGAUGCUAGAAAUAUUAACGGGUAAACAACCGAUUGACCCAACCAUAGAAGACGGGCUCCACAUUGUGGACUGGGUCAGACAAAAGCGAGGCGGUGUACAAGUUUUGGACAGGAGCCUGCGGGCCCGGCCCGACCCUGAGCUGGAGGAGAUGAUGCAAAGUUUAGGAGUGGCUUUACUUUGUGUUGCCCCUUCACCUGAUGAUAGGCCUUCCAUGAAAGAUGUGGAAGCAAUGCUGAAGGAGAUAAGACAUGAUAGAGAGGAAGGUUCAAAACCAGAGUCUAUAAUGAUGCUCAAAGGUUCCUCUGCAACUGGAAGUGUUGAUGGGGAAGAAAAGGAAAAGUGUAAGGAAAAUGAAGGCCCAUCAACCGAUGCAAUGAAGUGCUUGUACAUUGAAAGUAACAACUCCAGCUUCUCUGCUUCGUCCUUGUUGUACUCUUCUUCUUCCAAUGCCGGAAAAAAUGGAGUUUAGUAGAUGGUUGGUUUAGGGAUUGAUUGUAGAGUCAACAGUGUUUGUUUUUCCAUGUUUUUGGAGGAAAAAGAAGAAGAAAUAAUUGGAGUUUGUUUGUGGUUGAUGUUUUGGAG